CCAACGCGACCUUGUUCGAUGCUUCAGCUCCAGUGGCACCAAACACCACUAACGUCUCUCUGUACAAUGCUAUUAACCUAACAGCUCUGGACUGGACUCAGCUGAGUAAGAAGGAAUGUCUCAAAUACGGCGGCAGCUUAGUGGGGAAAUCCUGUAAAUUCGUGCCUGACCUGGCCCUUAUGUCCUUCAUCCUCUUCUUCGGGACCUACUCCAUGACCUUGACCCUGAAAAAAUUCAAAUUCAGCCGCUAUUUCCCCACCAAGGUCAGGGCUUUCAUUGCUGAUUUUUCCAAUGUCUUCUCCAUCCUGCUCUUCUGUGGAGUGGAUGCCUGUUUUGGACUGGACACCCCUAAGCUCCAUAUCCCCAGUAUCAUCAAGCCCACCCGCGUGGACCGAGGGUGGUUCGUGUUUCCCUUCGGGAAGAACCCGUGGUGGGUUUACCUGGCGAGCGCCCUGCCCGCCCUCCUCGUCACCAUCCUCAUCUUCAUGGACCAGCAGAUCACGGCCGUCAUCGUCAACAGGAAGGAGCACAAGCUGCGGAAAGCGGCAGGCUACCACCUGGACCUGUUCUGGGUGGGCAUCCUCAUGGCCGUCUGCUCCUUCAUGGGGCUGCCCUGGUACGUGGCGGCCACCGUCAUUUCCAUCGCCCACAUCGACAGCCUGAAGAUGGAGACGGAGACCAGCGCCCCGGGGGAGCAGCCCCAGUUCCUGGGCGUCAGGGAGCAGAGAGUGACGGGCAUCAUCGUCUUUGUGCUGACGGGGAUUUCUGUCUUCCUGGCCCCUAUCCUGAAGUACAUCCCCAUGCCGGUGCUGUACGGCGUCUUUCUGUACAUGGGCGUCGCGUCACUGAAUGGCAUCCAGUUUUGGGACCGCUGCAAGCUCUUCCUCAUGCCGGCCAAGCACCAACCCGACUACGUCUUCCUCCGGCACGUGCCCUUGCGCCGCAUCCACCUCUUCACGCUGGUGCAGAUCAUCUGCCUGGCCGUCCUCUGGAUCCUCAAAUCCACCGUGGCCGCCAUCAUCUUCCCCGUCAUGAUUUUAGCCCUGAUCCUGGUGAGGCGGCUGCUGGAUUUUGUCUUCUCCCAACAUGACCUGGCCUGGAUUGACAACAUCAUCCCCGAGAAGGAGAAGAAGAAAGAGGAUGACAAGAAGAAGAAGAAAAAAGGUGGCAAAGGAGACAGCAGCAGCGAUGAGGAGUUCCCACCUCCCUCAGUCAUUAAGAUCCCCAUGGAGCCCCUGCCAUCGCAGCCCCGAAACGGGGGUCCCCAUUGCCUCAGCCGAAAGAGGUCCUCCACCUGGAGCUUUGCGUUCUGA